UGACAUUCCUACAAAAUCUUUUUGUCUACGGACACGUUGUGAGCACGUUCUGUGAUUGUAGUUUUAUUGAGAAAACUGCAAAAAUGUCGUCCCAUCUUAACUGGAUGAUAAUUCGUAACAACAACGCCUUCUUGGUGAAGAAGCGCAACAUCAAAAAGCCAUUCAGUAAGGAGCCCAACAAUGUGACUAACCUCAACUCCUACAGAUACAACGGCUUGAUUCACAAGAAAGCAAUCAGCGUGGUCGAGAACCCUGACAAAAAAGGUUUUACAGUGGUUUACAAGAAAGCCAAAGCCACAAAUAAGCCUGUGAAGAACUCUGUACGCCGUUCCUUCAAAGCCGGCGCCAGGAGGUCACUUUUCAAAGUAAAGCGGCUGCUUCAGGCCAAUCACUACCGCACAGACUUGACGAAGGCUACACUCCGCCGCGCUUCUGCCAUCCUGAGAUCCCAGAGGCCGAUCAAGGCGAAAAAACCUAAAGCAGCAGCGGCCAAGACAGAAUAAGUUUUGUAUGUAAGAUUGCAAUAAAAAAUGUAAAAACCA